GUGAACCAUAGAUAUGCAAUUAAGUUAACAUUUCAGAGGAUAGAGAUUGUUGUUGAAAAUUGAAAUUUGUCUCAAAAACAAGGAUAACAAGAGUUGGAUUUCUGCAAUGAUUACCGGUUCCAUUGUUAGGGUUCCUCUUCUUCCCCCUUUAUCAUUUCCGAAAACCUUGUCGAAAUUGAAAUGCCGCAGCAAAAACUCAGAUGAUAACGAUUUCAAAGACGCACUUUCCGGGAUGAUGGGCGACCAAGUUGAACAACUCUUGAGCAGACAAGAGAAUAAGGGUUUGAUGGAUAAUUUACAGAAAGCUUCACAGAGAGUCGAGAUUGCCAAGACACAACUUGCUUUCAUUCAAAAACAAGAACUUGCGCUCAAACAGUUCAAAGAUUACACUCAACAGCUUGAAGGAAAUGCUUCUCAGAUUGCAGAAAGUCAGAGAGAAAUUUCAGAGGCAAAAGCCAUGCUUGAGGAAGCAGAACGCUCUCUGUUGCUAAAUGUGGGAGAUGCUGAAGAAGGAAGUGAAGAAAUUUAUCGGGACGAAGAAAGACGGGAGUCUGUUAAAGCAGCAUCUAUCUCGGCUCUCGUUGGCACUUUGUCCGGCCUCCCCAUAUGUUUCGUUCAGGCAACCGAUACAACUCAGUUGCUUCUCUCUUUGGGAAUCAAUUUCAUAUGUUGUGCGUUGUUUGGAGUCACUUUUCGAUAUACUGUAAGGAGAAACUUGGAUGAUUUUCAGCUUAAGACUGGGGCUGCAGCAGCCUUUGGUGUUGUUAAAGGUCUUGCAAUCCUCAGUGCUGGACCAUUUCUUGAACUCAACUUCGAAAGCUUAUUAUCGUAUGCUUGGGACGGAACAAUUUAUGUGUCUGAGAAUCUUAUCAUUUUUCUUUCUGCUGCUAUUAGUCUAGAUUAUUGUUUAAAGACAAGACUUUUGAGCCCUUUUCCAAUUGAUAGAACAGUUAGUGCCUUCAUACACCAAAGAAAUGAUAAACAUUGAAGACAUUUCUCACCGCACAGAAAAGUUGCAUGCCGUUCUAUUUUUUUAAAAACAACUAACAUGUUAAGAUUAGAAGUGUUUGAAAAGGGAAAGGGAUGUUAUGUUGCCCGAGAACAAUAGGUAAUGCCUGAGCUGAACUUUCAUGGGAGGGGAGGGUGAAUAUAUUUUCAUGGGAUUUCAACAAGUAGAACUCUAGCAUUAGCAAAGUAUUUGGAGAGAAUGGAAGAGAGGAGGAAUGCUGUUUCCAUACUUUUGACUUUGAGUUAUAUGCAACCUGAAAAUAGUUGCAAUAGCUUGAUAGCAAUUAGAAUUGAAUUGUCGCAUGUCCUCAAAUUACUUCAUGCUGGAAAUGGUUGUGAGUGGAAUCGGUGUGAAGUUUUUCUUAGAACUGUUUCGUUGACAGUGGGAGAGUAUCAGAGUAAGUUUGUGCUCUGAUCUGUCGAAGCCUCUGUCAGGAGUACAGGGGAGCUAAAUCAUUGCUUAAUGGACUCCUCUUCUUCUUUCUUCUUAAAUGAUAGUGUGAUGUUAUUUCCUUCAUUUAUUGCCCGCACUUUGUAAAAUGCCCUAUUUUGAAUCCAAUAAUGUUGUUAGGGGCCACCAUUUGAAGUAAUUUCAUAAAUUAUAUUACUAUUUUAUGACA